AUGCGACUUACCAGGCGCACCGUCCGGCCGGCUCCAGCGGACGAGAAUGCAUCGCAACAUGGCCUCGCUGUAAACCGAACGAAACCCCAGUAGAUUGUGUAUUUGACCGGCAAUCCGUCACCAUCGGCGCCUUGAUCAUGGACCUCCGGUCCAGAGGCUUUUUCCGGAGGCAUUGGAGUUGUGAAUAAUAAUCUUCAAGUGCUAUAUUAAUACAUUUUAUGCCCUACUCACUUUUGCACGCUCCAUGGAUUUAAAGAACAAGUGACAGCAAUAGCACUCACCCCAAUAAGGGCACCACUUUCCAUUUGGAGGAGAGGACAAGAAACUACACUCCAAUUUUUAAGUAACGGACGAUCGGGUGUAAUAUAUAUUUUCCACUGUUGAUUCCAGUCUUCGCUCAUAUCCCUCACAGACACAAUUCAUAACCGAUCGGCUGGCAAGUCAGCGCCACCCUAAUGCAGAACCAAGUGAAAUGAACAAACCACCGCAGCCUAUAACGGGACCCACCUCUGUCCCACACCCCUCCCCCUCCCCUGGACUGACACAGGCUGCCUAUGCCCCAGGUCAGCCCCCUUCUCUCGUCUUCGCCACCCCACCACCUCAACAAAUGAACUCUUCACCGCAACCGCGACAGCCCUACUAUGCCAACAGGGCCACCAUGUCCACCAGUGCCCCCCGGGUCCAGACCAGCAGCGGGCCUCGUCCGGUGGGUCCCACCCACGUCUACCAGCCCAGCUCCCAGAUGAUGAUGAUCCCUGGGCAGCAGCUGUCCUUUGCUGGCUCCCCUCAGGGCUACUUCAUCCCCCCUGGACAGGUGCCACAACCGGUCAUGAUGACUUUAUGUUAAUGGUUAACUUCACUUGAAUAUAGGGUUGCAAGAUUCCAUAAAAUUCACAGCUUUCUGGAAUGUCGUGGAAGUUUUGGGAAUUUUAAAAUGUAAAUCGUAUAACACCUCUCGUUAAGUAUUCCAGCACAAAAAAGUCUAAAAUCAACAUAGUGUUGUAGCUAUACCGAAACGCAGCAAACAAGAAGCUUGACCCCUUUAGGACAGGUAACUCAGUCCUAUACCUUUAAACAAACAAGAAGCCUGACCCCUUUAGGACAGGUAACUCACAGUCCUAUACCUUUAAACAGUUCUAAGUGUCCAGUCUGCCCCCCCCCCCCCCCCCCCCCCUCUCUCUCUCUCUCUCUCUCUCUGUAGUACCGGGCUCCCUACAUGCCACCCAGUCCACAAUACCCCGUGACCAGUGGCACGGCAGGCUUCUACCCAGGAACCAGCCCGGCUGAAUACCCCACCUAUGCAGGUGCCUACUACCCAGCCCAGCCGCAGUACAGCCACACACCCCCUGUCCAAACGGCGCCUGUCAUGAUAAGCCCCGCCCAGCCCCAGCAACAGGCCCUGCCCCCUCAGCCGCCGCCGAGCCAACCACUGGCACCCAAGAGGGAGCGCAUAGCGAUCAGAAUACGAGACCCCAACCAGGGGGGCCGCGAUAUCACAGAGGAGAUCAUGUCCGGGGGAAGGGCCACCUCCACCCCCCCAUCACAGUCCUCCACUACAGAGGGAGAAGGUCUUUCCCAGACCAACGGAGAAGUUACAAAGCCCGUCACCAUGAUGACGAGAACAGAUGAUAACACGGAACCUGCAGAAACAAUGGCCGCCAUGACCCCGCCUCCUGCGUUGGUGACCCCAGAGCCUGCCACCGCCACCGUCUCAACUGAGGCCAAGCAGGAAAAAGAUAGCCAGGCAGCCCCACCUACCAAACAGGUCGUCAGCCAAUCGACUGUCCCCACGGCUGCGGGGAAGGCCGAGGAAGCCAUUCCGCCAGAGGAAGACCAGGCCCCUCCCCCAUCCCCCUCGCCCCCGGCAGCUCCUACCUCCCCUCCCCCUGCAGAGGUGCAGACACCACCCCCCAUCACCACCAUCGCUCAGGUCAGUGACACGGUGGAUGCCGGUGUGACCCUGGCGGGAAAGGCAGUGACUCCUGAAGCUCCUCCCAUUGAGGAAGAGCCUUCGGCCGCCCUAGCAGCCGUCGAGAAGCCUCCUGCUCUGGUAGCGGAGAAAGAGGAGGCAGAGAAUAAAAAGGAAGAAGUAGUGGUGGAGGAGGAGAUUGUAGAGAAGGUAAAGGAGGAGCCUGUGCUUACCACCAAGCCAGAGGUAGUGGCGCCUGUUACGGUGGCGGUCGCUAAAGAACACACUAAGCCCGCACCACGACCUUUGACCCCCGUUGCCACAGCAACGAUCAAACACUCUGCCCCGGCUGUGAAGCCGGUGGUGUCUGUGGAAGCUCCCACUAAAACUGAGAGCGUGGUCGAGCCGACAGCGCCGAAACAGGAAACUGCUGUGCCCGUGUCUGCCCCCGUUCCUGCCGUCACUCCCUCUGUCCCGGAGGCAGAGCCCGCCAUGGCCCAGAAGAGCGAGGCGCAGACGCCCCUGUCCAACGGCCUCCCCCAGGAGUACCCCGACGAGGUAGACGCCCCCGUGCCCGCACAAGAGCGAACUGCAAUGCCCAACACCGAGCCUGCCGUUCCCACACCUCAGGAAACUGCUACCCUUGCAGAUGCUGCCGUGGCAGAGGAGGGGGAGAAAGAGGAAGAUGCAGCCACGGUGCCCUUGGCCAGUAGCCCUUCAGAGGACACGUCUAUGCAAGCUGCUGUGUCUGUGCCAAAGAAGAAGAGGAACAUGAAGGAGCUGAACAAGAAGGAGGCCAUAGGAGACAUGCUGGAUGCCUUCAAAGAGGAGAAGGAGGCGGCGGCUGCCCCCGAGCCCUUGUCCACUCUGGCGGAGCCCAGCCCUGUGGCCCCUCCCUCUUUGGUGACUGCCGACGCGCCAGACGAGACGUGGGAGGAGAAGGAGGACAAGCAGAAUGCAGACACGCCCCCGCUCAAACCAGGCGACCUCAAGUACCAGUACAAAGGAGAGCAAUGGAAGCCUAUCGACCCGGAGGAUAAGAAGAGGUACGACAGGGAGUUCCUGCUGGGCUUCCGGUACAUUGGUGCCAGCAUGAACAAGCCCGAAGGCCUGCCUCUUAUCUGCGAUGUGGUGUUGGAUAAGGCCAAUAAGACCCCCAUGCGCCCAGCGGAGCCGGGUCGCAACAUGAUGAACGCCGGGCCAGACUUCACCCCCGCCUUCAUGGGUAACCUGGGCAGACAGUCCUCCGGAGGUGGGGGAGGGGGACCACGGGGCCCUGGAAGGGACCAUAUGGGACCCCCAGGACCCCGGCGCUCCCAGCAGGGCCAGCGCAAGGAGCCCCGAAAGAUCAUCAUCUCCUCAUCGCUAGGCGGCGACGUGGAGCUCAACAAGGCAGAGAAGGCCUGGAAGCCCGCGGUGAAGAUGGCGGGGAGCCGCGGGACCGGCCCCGAGGAGGAGGAGAGCGACGACCCCGAGCAGGCCAAGACCCAGGAGCUGUUCAAGAGGGUCCGCUCCAUCCUCAACAAGCUGACCCCUCAGAUGUUCCAGCAGCUGAUGAAACAGGUCACAGAGCUGACCAUCGACACGGAGGAGCGGCUGAAGGGAGUGAUCGACCUCAUCUUUGAGAAGGCCAUCUCCGAGCCCAACUUCUCCGUGGCCUACGCCAACAUGUGCCGCUGUCUUAUGGGGUUGAAAGUGCCCACCACAGACAAGCCGGGAGUGACUGUGAACUUCCGUAAGCUGCUGCUGAACCGCUGUCAGAAGGAGUUUGAGAAGGACCAGGACGACGACGUGAUCUUUGAGGCCAAACAGAAGGAGAUGGAGGCCGCAAAAGAGGAGGAGAAAGCCGGUCUGAAGGCGGAGCUGGAGGAGGCGAAGGACAAGGCGCGCCGGCGGUCGCUGGGUAACAUCAAGUUCAUCGGCGAGCUGUUCAAGCUGAAGAUGCUGACGGAGGCCAUCAUGCACGACUGCAUCGUCAAGCUGCUGAAGAACCACGACGAGGAAUCGCUGGAGUGCCUCUGUAGACUGCUGUCCACCAUCGGCAAGGACCUGGACUUUGAGAAGGCCAAGCCCCGUAUGGACCAGUACUUUGCCCAGAUGGACAAGAUCAUCAAGGAGAAGAAGACCUCGUCCAGGAUCCGCUUCAUGCUGCAGGACGUCAUCGACCUCAGACGGAGUGGCUGGGUGCCCCGGCGAGGGGAGCAAGGCCCGAAGACCAUAGACCAGAUCCACAAGGACGCUGAGCGAGAGGAGCAAAUGCAGCUGGUCAAGGUCCAACAGCAGUUUAUGUCAAGGAAUGACAGUGGUGGUGGUGGAGGAGGUGGUGGUGGUGGAAGAGGAGGUGGUGGUGGUGGUGGUGGAGGAAGAGACGGCAGGGGGGGAGACCGAGACAGAGGAGGAAGGGAUCAGGGGGGCCGUGGGGGCCAGCACGGCGGCCAGGGGGCUAGGGGCAGCCAGCCCCAGGACGAAGGCUGGAACACAGUGCCUAUCUCCACCAAGAACAGACCCAUCGAUACCAGCCGGCUCAGCAAGAUCACCAAGCCUGGUGCUCUGGACUUCAACAACCAGCUCCUUGCGCCCCAGCUCGGGGGUAAGGGCAUGUGGGGCAGCUGGGGCAAGGGCAGCAGUGGAGGCACCACAGGAGCCAAGCCUGCCGCCGGAGCUGAACCGGCAGCGGAGACUGGCCGUCCGGCCACUGGCAACCGUUUCUCUGCCUUGCAGCAGUCUGUUCCACCAGCGUCGUCCUCGGACGCUGACCGCAGGGUACCCCAGAGGUCCAGCUCCAGUCGUGACCGCGGCGGGGACCGGGACAGGUUUGACCGCUUCGAGCGGCGCGACAGUAGUCGCGACGCCCGCCCGCCUGUCACCAAGCGCAGCUUCAGCCGCGAGACAGAGGAGCGUAGGAGUGAUAGUCGCACCCCUACGGAACCCCCCGUCCGGCGCGUAGCCAGCAUGUCUGACGACCGGAACAGAGGCAGCCGUGACCGGGGAGGCAGCGGUAGCCGGGACAGGGCUCCUAGCAAGGAGGCUGUUGUGAAGCGUGAGACAGGCCCCACCCUUCCCCCCGCUGCUCCGGCCAAACCGGCCAUGACCGAGGAGGAGCUGGACAAGAAGUCCAGCGCCAUCAUCGAGGAGUAUCUCCAUCUCAACGACAUGAAGGAGGCGCUGCAGUGUGUAGGGGAGCUGAACAGCGCCCCGCUGCUCUUUGUGUUUGUGCGGAACGGCCUGGAGGACACUCUGGAGCGCAGCGCCAUCGCCAGGGAACGGAUGGGCCUGCUGCUGCACCAACUCCUCAAGGCCGGCACCCUGCCCACAACACAGUACUACAAGGGGCUCCAGGAGAUCCUGGAGGUGGCUGAGGAUAUGGCCAUAGACAUCCCCCACAUCUGGCAAUACCUGGCCGAGCUCAUCACCCCCAUGCUCCAUGACGGAGGCAUCCCCAUGGGACAGCUCUUCAGGGAGAUCUCCAAGCCCCUGGUUCCCCUGGGUAAGGCUGGUCUGCUGCUGGUGCAGAUUCUCAACUUACUCUGCAAAGGAAUGACCCAUAAGAAGGUGGGUGGUCUGUGGACGGAAGCAGGGCUCAACUGGAGAGACUUCCUGCCAGAGGAUGAGGACGUCAAUAAGUUUGUGACUGAACAGAAAAUGGAGUUUACCCUGGGGGAGGAGUCGGAUGAGACCAAUCAGAAGAAGCCCAUGAGCGGGGAGGAGCUUAGCAAAAAUCUGGACAGACUGAUCCAGGACAGGGCUAACAACCAGCGCAUCAGAGACUGGGUCGAGGCCAACCUGGACGAACAGCAGGCGGCUGCCAACCAGUUUGUGCGCGCUCUGAUGACCUCCAUUUGCCAGUCAGCUGUUAUAUGUGAGAACCCGUACAAGGUGGAUGUGGAGCAGAUUACCCAGAGGGCCAAGCUGCUGCAGCGGUACCUGAGUGACGAGCAUAGGGAGCUGCAGGCCCUUUACGCCCUCCAGGCCCUCAUGGUGCACAUGGAGCAACCGGCCAAUCUGCUGCGGAUGUUCUUUGACGCACUGUACGACGAGGACGUGAUCAAAGAGGAGGCCUUCUACAGGUGGGAGUCCAGCAAAGACCCCGCAGAGCAGACCGGCAAGGGCGUGGCCCUUAAGUCGGUCACCGCCUUCUUCACCUGGCUCCGCGAGGCCGAAGAGGAGUCCGACAAGGACUAAAUGUCCUCUCUAAAACCACCACCGCCCUCUAUGGCUAGGGAGGUGUAUUGCAAGGGGAGCCCGAGGAGAGAAUUGGACUCUGUGGCCCUUUUUUUUUAAUGUGGCGGACUGAUAUCGAUCCUCAACAAGGCUUUUUAGAGAGGGACCUGACAUGCAAUCACUUUCUCUCUUCUCUCUCUCUCUCUCGCUCACUUCCUCAUUCUCUUUUCCCUCUUUUGUGAUGGCGUGUGUCCGCCGAAAAUGAAAUAAAUGAUUGAGACGGAUUUUGCUUGUGUAAACGCGUGGAAUAACUACUACGGUCACUGCGUAUAAAACCCUUUUGACUUGUUGUUCUUGAGAAAACAAUGACAAACCAACACGCUGCUCUUUGUGGUUGUAGACAAAAUUAUAUUAUGCAACAUACUAUAUGACACGCAAACGCAUAGGAGACAAGGUGUCAUGUAGCAUGUUUUUCCCUUGGAGUGGGGUAUCAUGCCAUGCGUGUGUGUGACGUCCGAUCGAACACAGAGCUCUGUCUUCUCUUUUUUUGUGUGUGUGUGCGCAGCAUGGUUGAAGUGUGUUUCUUUUAAUGAUGUAGACGAGGUAUGUUUGCUGACCAGCUGACAUCAAGCGUAUGUUGCCGACUAUAGAGGCUCUGAAUGGCUUUCUGAGCGACGGUUCUUUUCCUUAUUUCCACUUCCUGUUUACCGCAGUACUGGGACUUUGAGGACAGAGAAACAAGAUGGGGGAUGGAUUGUGACCUUUGACCAUUAGCCUCUGACCUUGGCUACUGGAGGACGGUGGGGGUCUUCUAUAUGCUUCCUUAAAGCCUACCUUUCACUUCCUCCCCCAGUAGUCAAUCCUGACUGAGAUACUGCGUCUUUUACCUCUCCUGUAGUUACAUGAUGAACUGUUGGGUGCGUUCUCUCUCGACCCCUGUCGAAUGAGAAAACAAACCCCAUAACUAGAGGACUCCUUAAUGACAAAAAUCACCAUUAAAACUUGAAACCUACAGAAAUCAACUUGAUGAAAUAAGAAAAACAGAAAUGAUCCGAAAGCCUUUUCUACUCUAAGUGGAAUCACAUUUCAGGAGCGUUCUGUACAUAUAUAUUAAAGUUGUUUUUUUGGUCAGUUUUAUUUUUCAGAAAUAAUAAAAAAUAAAUGACUGAUGUAAUGUAAACUAUAAAAUGCUGUAUCAUUUUCCAACAGAAGUGGCAGUUUGUCCAGAUGCAGAGAGGGGGGCUUUAGGUCAUCCAUUGAUUUAGUUUUAUUGGACUUUUGUAAAUAUUUUGUUGCUUUCUUUAUUAUUUAAGGAAUUACUGCUUCUUUUUGCAUCAUAAACUGGAAAAGAUGAGGAAACCGAAAAUUGCAAAUAAAAGACUUAUCAAGUUG